CAGAGCUCCUCCAGGCAGCACAACAGCCAUGAACCAACCCAGCUCUCCGUCCUCCAGACCCGCGCUCGCUCUUGGCUGGUCUCCCUGACGCGUGACGGCACCAUGAAGAGGCAAAACGUGCGGACCCUCGCCCUCAUUAUCUGCACCUUCACCUACCUGAUCGUGGGCGCCGCGAUCUUCGACGCGCUGGAGUCGCAGGAGGAGACGAGUCAGAGGAGAGAGGUUUCCCUGCGCCGGGCCGAGUUGCUCCACACCUUCAACUUGUCCGAGGAGGUCUUUGAAAAGCUUGAGAAGGUGGUGCUGGAGCUCAAGCCGCACAAAGCCGGCGUGCAGUGGACAUUCGCCGGCUCUUUUUACUUCGCAAUCACUGUGAUCACCACAAUAGGAUAUGGCCAUGCAGCCCCCAGCACAGAAGGAGGGAAGGUGUUCUGCAUGCUCUACGCCGUCCUGGGCAUCCCUCUCACCUUGGUCAUGUUCCAGAGUGUGGGUGAACGGAUUAACACCUUCGUCAGGUAUCUUCUCCAUCGCCUGAAGAAGUGCCUUGGUAUGAGAAGAACCGAGGUCUCCAUGGUCAACAUGGUGACCGUCGGUUUCAUAUCCUGCAUGAGCACACUGUGUUUGGGGGCGGUGGCUUUCACCCACUUUGAGGGAUGGACCUUCCUCCACGCCUUCUACUACUGCUUCAUCACGCUCACCACCAUCGGCUUCGGCGACUACGUGGCGCUGCAGAAAGACCACGCUCUCCAGAACAAGCUGGACUACGUGGCCUUCAGCUUUAUCUACAUCUUGACGGGAUUGGCUGUGAUCGGAGCCUUCCUCAAUUUAGCCGUCUUACGCUUCAUGACUAUGAACGCUGAGGACGAGAAAAGGGAUGCCGAGCAGAGGGCUCUCCUUGCUCAUAACGGCCAGGCAGGCAGACACAGCCACUGCUCGAUGGACCAAGCAUCCACUUCCUCCACGCCGUCAGGAUGCGUCGGAGGGAGCGCAAUCGGUAGCGGCGGGGGAGGAGCCGCGAGCCGGGGCCUGCGUAACGUCUACGCCGAGGUGCUCCACUUCCAGUCCAUGUGCUCAUGCCUUUGGUACAAGAGUAGAGAGAAGCUGCAAUACUCCAUACCCAUGAUCAUCCCACGUGACCUCUCCAACUCUGACAGCUACAUGGAGCAGGGGGAGGCUUUCUCCAACCCCCUCCACUCCAACAGCUGCAUGUGCAGUCUGCAGCCCCACUCAGGCAUCAGCUCAGUGUCCACCGGUCUGCACAGCAUCAACAUGUACAGGAGACUCAAUAAACGAAGGAGCUCUAUUUAGACAGGACAGCGUGCUUUGAGGCGAUGUCCUACUCAGAAGUACCUUGUAGCCUUUUUUCCCUGCUUUUAAAUACUGUUCCAGUUAAAAGAAAAGCAGCAGAGUAUGUGCGUUGAGGCCAAAAUGGGCCAAAUCUUCCCUGCUUAAGAUAAAUCGAGCUAUUGACUUUUGUAUGGCGUUAUUUCUCAUAACAGAUGAUUCAGUAACAAGACCAAUUAAAGACAAAAGGAGAAGAUCCACACACAGCCACAAAAACCUGGCACAUGCUUCCUAUGCUGGUCACCAGUUUGGUCACACACUGCUAUGGGAUGGCCUUCCAUCAUAGUUGUGUUGGUCAUUCUAGUACAAACAGCACACCCAAGCUGAUUCCACAAGUGUGUAAUUCGGUUGAGGAGAACCACUUCACUCUUUCUACAACCAAAUUCUGAAGAUAAUUCCUGAAUCAACGACACUCUAUGGUAGGGAUGGAACGGUUUAUGAGAACAAUCGUUUGUGCUGCUAGGAUCAUGUGUGUUUUCCUUUGUUGCUAAUCAGUUUAGAGGGCCAAACGUGGCCAGCCAGCCUCUUCAAUUUGGCCCGUGAGAUGUCAUGAGUUCAACUAAGCAUCAUUAUGAGUUCAACGAAGCAUCGCACCGCAGAGUACUUUCAAAUUAAUCUUAAAUACCAGGCGAUCUAUGAAUGCUACAUAUUUGCUGCUAUCUUGUGGACAAUGUGAGUAAAUCAGAUCAAUGACCCCUGAAGGUACUUAUAAAUAAUAGCUAUGUUAUUUCUAAUAUAUUUUUAUUUUAAUAUUUUCCAAUAUGACACAAUCCAAACAACCCCCCCUAGUCAUGGUGCAAAAACCCCAAAAACAAUUCCAACUAACAUAAAGGUCAACACACACGGUCACACAUAACACAACCUGCUCACUGAACAUUGUGGAUAUUAUGAAAAACGUCUAAACAACAUAAAAAAAAAAAAUCUAAAUUACAUUAAUUUAAAUUCAUUAGAGUGCAUGAGGGGAAAAAUGUAAAACACUCUCUCCACACUUGUGCAUGUUUGGCACAUUUUAGCUGCUUGAUAUUUCUGAUUGAUUACAAAACAUUGAGAAGGUCGUCACAGAAGGAAACAAGAUAGGAGUCAA